CCAAGGUGAAGAGACUCCCCAGGAGACAUUUGCAGAGGAGGCUCUCGGGUCAGCAGGGAUCCUGGUUGUGCCCCUGCCGGCCCUGGGGAGGCCGCGUCUCCAUGUGAAAUUCUCCGCCUUCUCCCAGGUCGUCACUGCUACCCAGCCCCUCCUGGAGUCUCUCUCUGCACAGCAGGGAACGAUGGUGAGGCGCCUGGUCCUCCGUCUGCCUGCCCUCCCUGUCUGCCUCGCCGUGGUCCAGCUGCUCAGCCCCUGCUCAGCUCAUUUUGCUGUGGUUGGACCCCGUGCGCCCAUCCUGGCCAUGGUGGGUGAAGUGGUUGAGCUGCCCUGCAACCUGUUCCCGAACAUGAGCGCUGAGACCAUGCAGUUGAAGUGGGUGCAAUUCAGCUCCAAGCAGGUAGUGCACACGUACGCACACGGGCAGGAGGACACGCCGGCAGCAGAGUUUCGAGGGAGAACUUCGAUUUUAAGAGAGGGCAUCACUGUGGGGAAGUCUGUUCUCCAGAUUCAGGACCUCAGAGCCUCUGACAGAGGAACCUACCUGUGUUAUUUCCAACAUGGAGAUGUCAUUGAAAAUGCCCUGGUGGAGCUAAAGGUUGGAGCAGGAGGGUCCAACCCCCACAUUGAAAUGAAGGGCUACGAGGCUGGAGGGAUCCGUGUGGAGUGCACGUCUGCCGGCUGGUACCCGCAGCCCCAGAUCCAGUGGAGAGACGCCAGGGGACACAGCUUGUCUGCUGAGGUGGCCACAGGGGCUGCAGACCCCCAGGGCCUUUAUGCAGCCUCAGCCUCUGUGAUCCUGGGAGGUGGCUCUGGGGAGGGGGUCUCCUGUGUCAUCAGAAACCCCCUGCUGGGCCAGGAGAGGUCAGCCAGGGUUUCCAUCCCAGGCCCCUUCUUCCAGGAUGCGCAGCCCUGGAUGGUGGCCCUGUGGAUGACCCUGAGUGUGGCCCUGCCAGCUCUGUUGGUGUUCCUGGUGGGUUUGUGGUACCUCCUGUGGAGACAGCACAAGAAGAUCCAAGCCCUGUCUAGGGAGAGGGAAAGGGAGGUGGACAAGGAUCCCAUACCUACCACGUGA